AUGGCGGACAACGACGCUCGCCAGCGCAAACCCGGCGCCUCCGCUACCCAGCUCAUGGGUGCGGAUGGUCAUCCUGGAGCUCACCAGGGCGAAGAGCCCCGUCUCAAGCAUGGCAUUGCCAUGCAACUUCUUCGAUCCCUUAUCCUAGCCACAUGGUUCAACUGCUGCUGUGUGAUCAUUCUAGCGACCCAGCUGGUCGGCUCCCCUCUUUAUUUCGUUAAUAAGAGCUAUUAUUACAACUAUAUGGCAUAUACAAAGCAGUCCUUUGGUCUGGUCAUCACAGCUCUCACUCAAUGGGGCUGUCCCACAUACGUUCGCGUCAGUGGAGACAAGAGUGUUCGCGGUCAAGUACAUCUGUCGAAAGAUGGUCGGCUCAAGACGCAGUUCCCGGAGCGAUUGGUCAUGAUCGCUAACCACCAGGUGUAUACCGACUGGAUCUACUUGUGGUGGGUGGCGUAUACGAACUCGAUGCACGGCCGCAUUUUCAUCAUCCUUAAGGAGUCUCUCAAAUAUAUUCCGAUCAUCGGCCAGGGCAUGAUGUUCUACGGGUUCAUCUUUAUGGCUCGCAAAUGGCUGUCCGAUAAGCCCCGGCUUCAACAUCGUCUGGAGAAGCUAAAGACUCGUCUGUCCGGAUCGAAAUCGGGCUCUCCAGAAUACGAUCCGAUGUGGCUGUUGAUAUUCCCCGAAGGUACCAACCUGUCUAUCAACACGAAACGUCGCAGCGAUGAAUAUGGCACGAAGCAAGGAUUCCCGCCGCUGAAGCACGAGAUCCUCCCUCGAUCCACUGGUCUCUUUUUCUGCCUGCAACAGCUGAAGGGAACGGUGGAUUGGGUUUAUGACUGCACAGUGGCGUAUGAAGGUCCUCCGAAGGGGAGUUAUCCGGACAAGUACUUCACCCUCCGGUCAACAUACUUGCAGGGACGACCUCCGACGUCCGUGAAUAUGUACUGGAGACGGUUUGCCGUAGCAGACAUCCCGCUCGACGACCAGAAAGACUUUGAUGCCUGGCUCCGAGCUCGAUGGACAGAGAAAGAUCAGUUGCUAGAUGAGUAUUUCGAAACGGGGCGAUUCCCGACGGAGCUCACUGGCACGAUUGAGACAGGUGAAGUGACCGCAGAACAGAAAGCUGCUGCGUCUGCUGGGUAUGCCGAGGCGCAUAAACCGUACGGAGUACUCCGUGAGGCGGAAAGCCACUGUGGCGGUGCGGACCUCGGGCCUGAGGCGCGGCGCAACAAAGUGUCUUUGGCUUCUCCUUCUGCAGACUCUCGUCUCGCUGCUGUUGCAACCACACGACUUUCGUCCCGUCUCUCACCAGGGACAUCCCUCUUCUUGGUUGCUUGCUUGCUUUCAUCUCUCGUUAUCUUGGGGAUACGCGCCAUGGCUACCCUCCAGAAUGGUUACGCCAAUGGCGUGAACGGCGAUUCUCUCACCACGGUCAACUCACUAGCUAACCUGCGUUUCUCUGAUAUUCCCUCCGCCAUCGACAUUCCCGCGUCCACCCUCGACAGUGAAGUCGAGGUCAGCCUCGAAGGCUUGCCGGACGAUCCCACCGAACUAUGCACGCUACUCGAGAACGAAAAAGCCGCAAAGAACUUCUGGGUGAUCAUUGCUCUCGCCUACGCGAAGCAGAAACAGAUCGACCAUGCGAUCGAUAUCCUGAACAAAGGGCUGGCGUCGGUCGCCCACGGCGCCACCAAAGAAAAGCUCGGCCUCCUGGGCUGGGUCUGCUGGCUGUUGAUGCUAAAAAGUCGCCAGGCGCCCCGCGUCGCCCCCGAAGGCGAGCUCUACACCGAAUCCAAGACCAAGGAUUACUACCUCCAGCUCGCGACGUCGACGUUGAACGAGGCGUCGCGACUGAAUCCCGCUUUCCCACCUUUGUUCCUCGCGAGAGGUGUCCUGUCUCUCUUGCGCGCCUCGCUGCACCCUCCCCGACCGGUCCGUCCCGGAACCGUGGACACAUCCGAGCGCGUGGAGUCGCUGCGACAGGCGCUGAAGUGCUUCGAUGAGUCGUCCAAGGCCUUUGGCGGGAGAAAUGUCAUGGCCAUUCUCGGCCGCGCGAGAACGCAGUAUAUGCUUGGACGAUAUGCGGAGGCGCUCGAAGGGUAUCAGAAGGUUCUGAUGAGAAUGCCGGGGCUGACGGAUCCGGACCCACGGAUUGGUAUCGGAUGCUGUCUGUGGCAGCUGGGCUUUAAAGAGCAGGCGAAGGUGGCCUGGGAACGGGCGCUGGCACUCAACCCCGACUCUAAAGUUGCGAACAUCCUGCUGGCGGUCUACUACCUCUACGACAGCUCACGCCAUGCGACGACCGACCCGGCCUUUGGUUCCUUGUAUAAAAUGGCAAUGACGCAGUACACGCAAAAGGCCUUCAAGUUGGACAAAGAGUACCCGAUGACGUGCGCCCUGUUCGGCGGGUAUUUUUUGCUACGGAAAUCCUACUCGACGGUGGAGACCCUGGCUCGCAAGUCGAUCGAGAACACGGAUGUGAUGCAGAUCGCCAGUGAUGGAUGGUACUUGCUGGGCCGCAAGGCGCACUACGAGGGAGACUUGCCGCGUGCCGCAGAAUUCUACAACCGCUCCGAUCAAGCCCGGGGCGGCGGUGACAAGGGUUACCUUCCAGCCAAGUUCGGGGCCGUUCAGAUGCAGGUCUCGAACAAGGACUUGGACGGGGCCAAGUUCCGGCUCGAGAAGAUCAUCCAACAGACGAAGAACGCGGAAUGUAUGAUCUUGCUGGGUGCGCUCCAUGCUGAAGAGGUCUUUGCUGCUCAGAAGAGCGGCAGCAAGGAAGACAAAUCGGCCGAGAUCAAGAAAGCCAUCAGCCUCUUCGAGUCGGUCCGCGCGCUCUGGAAGGACGAUGGCAAGAAGAUCUCGCCUGACGAGUCCGUCUUGGUGUACCUGGCUCGGCUGUAUGAGCAGACCGCACCGGAAAAGAGUAUGCAGUGCCUGGUGCAGCUCGAGGAGAUGCAACUGGCGGAGAUCGCCGCGGACGAGUAUCCCGAAGGCAUCGAGGAUGAGGAACAGAUCAAAGACGCCAUGCGGGUCAACCUGCCUCCGCAGCUCCUCAACAACAUGGGCUGCUUCAUGUAUCAGAAUGAGAAGAUGGACCUCGCUCGGUCGCUGUUCCAGACAGCCCUGAAGGCCUGCGUGCGCUCCAAGGAGAAAGAGAGCGACCUGGACACGGACGCCCUCGUGACGACCAUCAGCUACAACCUGGGACGCAGCUACGAGGCGUCCGACAUGCCAGACGAGGCCAAGAAGGUCUACGAAGGACUGCUGGAGCGCCACAGCGACUACACCGAGGCGAACGCUCGGCUAACGUACAUCGCGCUGCGGCAGAGCCCGACGGACGAGGGACCGAAGAGGAUGGCCAAGCUGUACGAGGCGGAUUCGACCAACCUCGAAGUGCGGGCGCUGUUCGGCUGGUACCUCAGCAAAUCCAAGAAACGGGCGGCGAAUCUGGCAGAGGAUCACGAGCAGCGCCACUUCAAGCACACGCUGCAGUACUACGACAAGCACGACCGCUACUCGCUGACCGGCAUGGGCAACGUGCACCUCAUGACGGCGCGCGACAUGCGACGCGACACGGACCAGGACAAGGAGAAGCGGCGGAAGAUGUACGAGCGGGCGGUGGAGUUCUUCGACAAGGCGUUGCAACUCGAUCCGCGGAAUGCGUACGCGGCGCAGGGCAUUGCGAUCGCGCUGGUGGACGACAAGAAAGAUCACGGCACGGCAGUGCACAUCUUCUCGAAGAUCCGCGACACCCUGCGGGACGCCAGCGUGUACCUGAACCUGGGUCACGUCUACGCGGAGCUCCGACAGUACACGCGGUCUAUUGAGCACUACGAGACGGCGCUGUCAAAGGACCGGGCGCGCGACGCGCAGAUCCUGUCGUGUCUGGGGCGGGUGUGGCUGCUGAAGGGCAAGCAGGAGAUGAGCCUGUCGGCGAUGAAGACGGCGCUGGACUACGCGCAGCGGGCGCAUUCGGUGGCGCCCGCGCAGAUCCACCUGGAGUUCAACGUGGCGUUUGUGCAGAACCAGAUCGCGUCGCUGGCGUACAGCCUCCCGGAGACGCAGAAGACGGUGCAAGACGUGCAGGAGGCGGCGGACGGGCUCCGGCAAGCAGUGGAGACGUUUGGGCGUCUGGCGCAGGCCAAGAACCCGCCGUACCCGGCCGGGGCGCUAGAGCAGCGGGCCAACAUGGGCAAGACGAUCAUCAAGCAGCUGGAGCGGGCGCUGCAGAGCCAGAAGGAGUACGAGGAGAAGAACGCGGCCAAGCUACAGCAGGCGCGCGAGGCGCGUGAGGCGGAGAUGCGGCGGCGCGAGGAGGAGGUGCGGAAGGCGCAGGAGGCGGAGCGGGAGCGGAAGCAGAAGAUCGCAGAGGAGCGUCAACAGAUGAUCGAGGAGGCGCAGCGGCUGGCGGCGCAGCGAGCGGAGGAGGAGCGGGCGCGGGAAGAGGCGGAGAUGACGACGGAGGAGGAGACGGGGGCCAAGGUGAAGCGCAGCAAGAAGAAGAGCUCGAAGCGGAAGAAGAAGCGGGCAGAGGACGACUUCAUCAGCGACGGGGAGACGCCAGCGCGGGACGAGGGCUCGGAGGCGGAGAGUGGGCGCGAGGCGGCGCCGAAGAAACGGCGGCGGCUGGAGCGUCGGUCAGGCAGCAAGGCGCAGAGCAAGUACAAGAGCAGUGAGAUGGUGGUGGACUCGGACGAGGAGGAGGACGAGGCCGUGGCGACGCCGGCGGCGGCGGAGUCGGACCACGACCAGGAGAUGCAACAGGAUGAGGAGGAGGAGGAAGUGGUGCAGCGACGACGCAACAAGGUGAAUCGACGGGUUGCGGAUGAGGAGGAGGAUGAGGAUGAUCUGUUUGGUGAUGGUGGGGAGAAGGAUACAGCGAUGGAGGAUGAGGAAGAGUAA